CUGUUCGUACUUUGCGUACUCCCGGACACCCUCGAAGUCCUCCAGCUCAAUGCGGAGCACCAUGUCUUUGGAUUUUGUCAUCGAGUGGAUAUGGUCAUUGCCCAGCCAGAACUCACCUCUACAGAAGAGGGGAAGUACAGAUAAGAGGGGAAAGGACAAGUUCUUGUCAUUGGGCAAAAUCAGCCAGAACAAAGCCGCCAAACUGAAAUCCAGCUACAGGCUAAUCUGUGAAACUCUCAAGAGUUCCCAGGAUUCCGAGCUCCACGUUUUGGGAGAGGCAAAGCGAUGUCGUGCGGAGCUUCAGAGGCUGCAGGCCGGGCUGGAGAGAGCCGAGGAGCAGAGCACCUCUGAGCAGCCUGAAAGUGAGGUCAAUGAACUGAGGCAACACCUCCUGCAGGCAUGCAAUGAACUGAAAGCUGCUGAGGACAGAGAGUACAAGACACAGCACCGUCUCAGAUGUCUCUGGGAAGAGAAGCGGUAUCUGCAGAAAGAGAAUGAGUUUCAGCCCGAACCUGCAGAGCUGGAGAGCAGAACAAAGGUCCUGCAGGAAAAACAUGAGGAUCUGAGGAAGGAGGUUUCCGAGAGACGACUGGAAGUCAGGAGUCUGACUGAAGAUGUGGAAAUCCACGAAACGCAGAUAUUAAGAGAACAGAAAGAGCUGGAAGACAAGACCGAGAUCAUAGAGCUCAAAGAGGCUGAGAGAGCGCGGCUCAUCAGCAUCCCUGUGCAGGUUUUAAAGGAGAUUGAACGGAAACAAUCUAAAAAGGAAUCUGCAAUGAAGAAGAUGGAAACCCUAAAUGUUGAGAUUUCGGAAAUGGAGCAGCAUGUGAAGGAGGUGGAAGAGCGUAACCUUGUGCUGAGGUGGAAGAAGAAGGAGAUGAACGAGGAGCUGGAGGGCGUCACGGCCAAAGUGGAGGGCAGUCAGAGGGAGAGCAGACAGCUGCUGAAGGAGCAGGAGGUCAGCAGGGAGGAGGAGGCGGAGUGCACGGGGAACAGAGGUAUCCUGGAAAUGAAGCUGCAGAAUAUCAUGUGCGACAGGAAGCACCUGUAUGAGAGCCAAUCUGUGCAGCUCAAGGAGAAAAAUAGGCAGACACAAGCCCUCAAGAGGAUGGAGCAGGCUUUGACUCUGGCCAAUGAGCAGCUAGAGCACACGCAAUCCAUCUACAAUGAUGUAAAAUCUCAGUUAGAUGCUGUUCCUAACCAAGAGGCCAGGGUUCAGCAGCGGAUGGCGCUUCAGGAAGAGGUCGAUGCUCUCAAAGUUGGCUUUGGGCGACAGCUAUCAGUAGCUGAGGAGGAGAGCCAGAAGACGCAGCAGUCUGGGCUGAUUCAGGAUCUGCUGCGGGAGUCAAACCGCCUCCGAGAAGAACUCCACAACCUCAGCUGUCUGACGCAGAUCAAAGUGGAGGAGAGGGGCCAGAAGCACCGAGAUCUGCUUCGGGCUGAGCAGCUGAACCAGCACAUCCGAGCGGAGCUGCGAGAAAAAGACCAGAUCAUCAUGGACCACAAGAAGCUGAAUGCUACGCUACAGCGCAGAGUCCUACAGUACUGUAAACUGUGCAACAUGAUUACAGAGGAGAAGAAUAAGUACGUGAAGUUGAAGCAGAUCGCCUCUCAGACCAUCGCGGAGCUGACGGAGCAGAUUAAAGUGCUGGGAAAUGAAACGGAGAUCCAACGAUCCAUUGUCAUCAUCAAGAACCGAUCACUCACUAAGGCUCGUAUGAGGCUCUCCAACAGCUCCAAAAUAAGGGACAAACUGAACAAUGACAUCUCCAAGGUUGCCUGGAAACACCGUCAGAUCACUCAGGAGUAUGAGGACGACAAACUGGAGUUGAUGAAACUCACAGAAAUGAUCAACGUCCAGGAGCAGGCACUUCUGGAAACAAACAGGAAUCAGGAAACAGCCAUACAGCGCCGCAACUCGCUUGGCGUUCAGCUCCUGGAGCACGAAGAGGUGUUAUUCAGCUCCUAUGAAAAGGUGAACAUCCAGGAGGCGGCCAUAACUAAGGGUUAUAUGACACUGGAGACCCUGGAGAAGGAGACGAGGGAUUUACAGCUGGAGAUUAAUGAAGAGGAGAGACGGAUCGACCUGAAGAAGAAGGAGCUGCCCCUCAGGAAAAAGUCGGAGGAGGACAUCACCAUGCUGCAGAUAGAGCUGUCAGAAGCCAGGGACGAGACACUUGAAGGUCUGAAUCGAAUGAUUGGUUACAAAGAGCUGAAAGGAAACGACCCAACGACUGAAGAACUGAUCAAGAAGAUUGAGCAGCUGGAGAUGUCUCUAUCAGACCAGGAGAGGCGGCUGCUGGAGAAACAGCUCCUGGUGGACCAGGUGACCCGGCUCUCGCAGCCUCUCAGCGAGCGGGCUGAGAACUGCCAGCAGGACCGACUCUCACUGGCAAAGAAGUUGAAUGAGCUCCGAACUCAAGUCAUCGACUCCAACCAGCGCAUGAUGGCCGUCUCCGCAGAGCUCUCCAUGAAGCACGCCACCGCUCUGUCUCUACAGCAGGAGAUUAAAGAGAAGGAGUUUCAGAUGGACAGGUGCCAGAGGCAGCCGGAGGAGGGCCUGCCAACAUGCCCCGAGUUAGAGAAGGAGUGGAGGAGGAUGCUCCGAGACAGGAAGAGGAGACGGAGGGACAAAGAGGAGCGGGAGAGGGUACAGAAACACACACACACACACUGGUCACAAAUUGAUUAAAGCGCCGAGGGCCGUGAAAAGAAGAUAGAGUGACAAAGAAAAGAGACGCAGGGCAGGAUUCUAUUAAAGUUCUGGCGGACAAAAGAGUCUGAACAUGCACAGAGAGAUCAGACAGGAGGCUUCACCACAU